AUGCCGGCGACCGAGGAGCAGCCGAUCUUCGGCUGGAACAGCAACGACCGACAAAACCUCCGCCGGAGAAAGCUUCUCGUCGGUGAAAAAGUUGAGGUAAGAAGUGUUGAGGAAGGCUUUCUUGGUUCUUGGUAUUCAGCAACUGUUACUUCCUCCAAAAAGCGACACCUUCGUACCAUCAGAUACGAUCACAUCCUCUCUGAUGAUGCUACUGAUUAUCUUGUGGACACUGUUGAUGUUUCUGAGGUAGUAGAAGGUUUGAGCUCUUCUUCUGGUGGUAGUUUACGUGGGCGUUUAAGACCUGUGCCGCCAAAGCUGGAAGUUGAUAGAUUCAGCCUUGCGUAUGGACACUGUGUUGAUGUAUACAUCAGUGAUGCUUGGUGGGAAGGUGUGGUGUUUGAUCAAGAAAACGGUUCUGAGAAAAGGAGAGUUUUUUUCCCUGAUUUGGGUGAUGAAGCUGAUGCUGAUAUGAAAUCUUUGCGUGUUACUCAGGAUUGGGAUGAGGUUACGGAGACUUGGGAGUGUCGUGGGAGAUGGAUGUUUCUUGAGUUGGUUGAGGAAUAUGAGGAAGAUAACUAUCUUCCUGUUUCGGUUAAGCAGCUUUGGUAUGAUAUACGGGUAAGGGUUGAGUUUAUGAGGAUCAGGGAGUGGACUUGCUCUGUUAGGCGUUUUUGGGAAGAUUUGAUGGUGGAGGUGAUUGAGGACAAUCUGAAAAUCACCUUAAAUCAGUUUCUUCGUGAUUAUGAUGCUGAAAGAUAUUCACACCAAGAGUUUGAGCUAUUCAAAGAAGCUUCUCAAGCGGUUAAUGAGACCUGUGCUUGUCCAAGUGGUGUGGAAGUAGAAGUGAUUACUCCACAAGAACAACAAUUUUUCUCCAAUGAUAAAGAUCACAAACGGGCGAGCCACAGAUGCAUGUCCAUGCCUAACUUAACUUAUGUGUUUGGCGUAAGGUCGGAGGAAAGUUACAUCAAUGGGGUAACAAAACUUUCCAGCCAGAAAUCUACUUCCGACCAUAACAAGGUGAUACUACCCAAGAAACUUGGAACCUGGCAACCUUUUGAUUGUGUUGCUAAAUCAUGCCCACAAGUUGUGACGAGCUAUAUUAGGGAACCGACAAUGAGAGUGGCCUUCCAUGUUAUGAAGCAUAUUAAGUAUAUGGGAUGGGCCAUAGAACAAAUUAUUGAUGAAGGUGGAAGGCACAGGUUUCGCUACCUCUCACCAGACGGAAGGCUAAAUGAGAAGUCCCUUCGUCAAGUAUGUUUCAUAUUGAAACAACGUGAUAAGCCCCUGACUCCACCGGAGUUGGCUCAGCCUCUUUGUCGGCCUUGUGAAAACUGGACGUACAACACCCAGGAAAUGAGGAGCAUUGUUUUGGCUUUGCCUGCUUAUAAUAGAAAUGUAGCUCUUGGUGAUGGAAGGAAGUCUUCUGCUGAAACCUUGCUUGAGUGUGGAAGCCAAGGAAAAGAUGAGGUCUUCAAUAGAAGAAGCGGCAAAUCCUAUCCCAGAAACGUUGUCCCGGCUGAAAGAAGAGAACUCAGUGUUAGGCUUGAGACAAAAACAAAAGGUCACGACGUCGUAAGGUUGAGAAGUAAGCGUAAACAGAGACCUAAUCUUAGAUUUAGCUCCAAGAAGAACAAAAUGAUUAGCGGCAGCCAACAUCUUCCUGGACGAUGGAAGAUCUCUCUUGAUUGCCAAGUGGAAGCCUAUAAAACAAGAAAGAAAGCACAACCCCCUAAUCUUCUGAAGAUAAAAUUGCGUCAAUGGGAGAACGACAUAGUUUGUUCCGUUUGUCACUAUGGAGGGAAGCUGAUUCUUUGCGAUGGAUGUCCAUCCGCUUUCCAUGCAAAUUGCCUUGGGCUGGAGGAUGUUCCAGAUGGUGACUGGUUCUGCGCAUCAUGUUGUUGUGAUGCCUGUGGACAGUUUAUUGCCAAAAACACUAGCAAAGAUGCCAAGGAGGAAAAACUUAUCAGCUGCAUGCAGUGUGAACGUAAAUAUCACCCUAGCUGCUUGCAUUAUGAUGGUGACGGUGAUUCAUUUGAUAAAUUCUUGGCAGAGAUGUGGUUUUGCAGCAGGGACUGUGAAGAGAUACGAAAAUCUAUAUCCCAUACAUUGGGGACUGACGCUUCUGAAAUUGAAGCCGUGGCAGAAACCCACUGCAAGCUCAGUGUAGCUCUUGACGUGAUGCAUGAACUUUUUGAGCCUGUGAAAAGACGUCAUUCUGGUGGAGAUCUUGCUGAAGAUGUUAUUUUUAGCAGAUGGUCAAAAUAUAAACGUUUGAACUUCAGUGGAUUUUACACGGCACUUUUAGAAAGGAACGAUGAACUGGUUACUGUAUCUACUAAUUUUGGGAAAAAAGUUGCGGAAAUUCCCUUCAUUGGUACUAGAUUCCAGCAUCGCCAGCGCGGGAUGUGCCGGGUUUUCAUGAAUGAACUCGAAAAGGUGCUCAUUGACUUGGGAGUUGAGAGACUGGUCCUGCCUGCAGUUCCGUGCGUACUGGACACAUGGACCAACUCAUUUGGGUUUUCAAAAGUGACAAUCCCCGAAAAGAAAGACUUUCUGCGGUUUACUUUCUUGGAGUUCGGCCGAACAAUAUUGUGCCAAAAGAUAUUGAUCAAGAGCAGUGUGUCACAUCCACUUCCAAGUACAAGUACAGCGUCUCUUGGUGAAACAAACUGUGACAUCAUCAAUAUUGAAGACAAUUCUGCAUCUGAUGAUAGAUCAAAAGUACAUGAGGCAGAACAGAACAUUAGGAUAGAAAUCAGUUCUGCAUCUGAUGAUAUAUCAGAAGUUCACCAGGCAGAAAAACAUCUCGAGGAAUCUAGCUCUACUAAAAAUCCGCCAGAGGAAAUAAAAACACAAGAAAAAAGGUUGGUGAAAGAGAACCGAAUCCUAAAGUGUUACACACGAAGAAGGUUAAAAUGUAGGAGGCUAACAUGA